AUGUGGCGGACAAGCAUACUAUUAUUCCUACUCGUCCUCCAGUCAUCAUACGCCUCGGCUUCUCCUCACGAUGGGUACGGAGCAGAUCAGAUAGCUCUUGUACCAUCUAAAGACACUGGAGAAGAUCCCAAGUCUCUCCGUACAACUCAUCAAUUUUCACUUCGACAUGUAUUCCACCAUGGAACGUACGAAAACCCCUUGCUACACCAACGCCUCGAUGUCGGGCCUGAUGCAGAUCUAUGGAUGCAGUCAGAGGGUGGUGAGAGGAUAGAACUACCGAAUACCUUUGAGGCAUCUGGACAACCAGUCAAGAUCCAGCGACUUACCGAUAGACGGCCAGAAAUUGUGGAAAGCAGGCUUCAGGCAGCUCGAAACCCAGGCCUUGCGAGCUUUAUACCUCCACCAGAAUGGACGAUAGAUGAUGUUUCGAGCCCCGAUAUCUCCGACAGACAGACUAUCCUAAGCUUGGCAAAGAUGACUGCCAACGCUUAUAUUCAGAAACCCGGUACUGCAGAAUGGCUUAGCUUGGGGCAGCAUAGCCCUUGGAAACACUCCAAUAGGUUUGGCUGGGAAAAUGACGGCCUUCGAGGGCAUAUAUAUGCCGACAAGGGCAACUCGACCAUCAUCAUUGCAUUGAAGGGUACCUCCGCUGCUCUAUUUGAUGUUGUUGCUGCGGCCAAGGCGGGCAGUACUUCUGGCGACAGGUCGGAGAAUCGGUACUACAGGGCGGCUCUAGACUUAUUCGCUAAUGUGACAGAGCUAUAUCCGACAUCGAACGUGUGGAUAACUGGCCAUUCAUUGGGCGGCGCGGUCUCGAGCAUGCUUGGAAGAACCUAUGGGCUCCCUGCCGUGACGUUCGAAGCCGUUCCAGAAGCGCUUCCUAUUUCCCGCUUGGGGAUACCUGUACCACCGGGAGGUGACCCGCUAGAGCCAGAUGCUGACUAUACUGGCUCCUUCCACUUCGGUCACACGGCCGAUCCCGUCUACAUGGGCACUUGUAACGGCGCAACGUCAAUAUGCACGCUCGGUGGCUAUGCAAUGGAAUCCGCAUGUUUCACCGGAAAGCGAUGCGUGUACGAUACUGUGCAAGAUUUCGGUUGGCGUGUAGCUAUCGGCACACACCGAAUUGUCAAUGUUAUCAAUGAUGUGCUCAAGAAAUACAAGACUGUGCCGACUUGCAAGCCGGACAAGGCAUGUGUCGACUGCCCUAACUGGAAGUUCUUCCGAAGCAACGGCACCGAGCACACGACAACCAGAACGACCAGUACAACUAUGACGGCCACGAGGACUUCAACCUGCAAAACUCCAGGUUGGUGGGGGUGCCUUGACGAUACCACUAGCCAAACUACUCAUACAUCCACCUCCUCGUCGACUUCAACAAGCAGCACGUCUACCUGUAAGACGCCAGGAUGGUUCUGGUGCAAGGACAAGAGCACUACGGAGACGAGUAUAACAACAACACCCGGAACUACUUCCACCACUGCCACAACUACUCCAAAGUCAACCUCCGUUACCACCACCUGUGAAACUCCGGGAUGGUUCGGGUGUAACGAUGCAACCACAACGUCGGCAACGACAACAACGACAAAAAGUCGGUCUUCCUCGUCGUCGACUACCACUACAUGCAAAACCCCUGGUGUUAUAUGGGGCUGCAACGACGUCACCACUACGUCCACAUCUUCUGCAUCGGCAGGUAGUACAUCUACCUGCAAAACUCCUGGUAUUAUAUGGGGCUGCAACGAUGCUACCACGACGUCUGCAUCAACUACUGCAUCGACAAGUACGUCCACUUGCAAGACGCCUGGUAUCUUGUGGGGCUGCAACGACGUCACAACCUCUGCACCCGCCAGUACGUCGACUCCUACGCCGACACCCCCUAUCAACCCAACUUCAACCAGUUAA